UGCCGGAUAGAGCAGAGAAGAGCUGGAGAAGAGCAAAGCUCGCAGCGGAGAGUCCAGGUUUGGAAUUAGAGCACGCGGGACGCAGUCAGCAUUGGGAGCCUCCUGAAGGGUGAGCAGCUAGGGCGUACUGCAGAGAGGAGGCUGCCAUCAGUGCAGAGCAGGACGCAACUGCCCAGGUUCGAGCUGGGGAAGAGACUUCUCUAUAAAGACACUGCUAGCAGCAUCCCAGUUUUUGUUGGAGUGAAACGCCGCUUACCGCGGAGGGGGGCCGGGACGAAUGAGGCGGCACUGAGUAGUGCAGCACGGGAGUGGGACAUUCGGGUACUAAAUGAUGGAGUCCCCAUCGCGGGUGGCAGUGGGCACCAUGGAUUGUUCUCCCGGUGCAAGUGGUCAUGAUUCUGGAGCGGAAGAAAUGGACUCGGUUGGCACCGUGAUGUUGGACCCAGUGCUGGAGCGCAUCCUGUUGGAGUCGGUGUGUCAGCAGCAGGGCUGGGUGCGGGUUUAUGAUGUGAAAGGCCCACCUACACAUCGUAUGUCAUGUGGACAGGCUCCCUGCAGUGAAACCACAACAUGGGAAAGGAAGUUUUGUAUCUUAACGGACACUCAGCUGGUGAUACUGAACCGGGAGGAGGAGAUCCCAAUGGAUAUUACUCAGGAGCAGAUAACAGAUUCGACAAAGGGGAGGAGCUUACGACGAACUGUCAGUGUUCCAUCAGAAGGACAGUUCCCAGACUAUCGCCAAGAAGGCGCACCAAAACCUGAGCUGCCCGCUGAGCAUUCUCCACGUCGGAGAAGUAUAUCUGGACCCGGGACAUCAGAAAAGAGUAAUUCCAUGGAAGCAGGCAAUACUUCUCCUUUUAAAGUCACGGGUUUCUUCAGCAAACGUCUAAAGGGUUCCAUCAAGAGGACGAAAAGCCAGUCCAAACUGGAUCGAAACACGAGUUUCCGCCUUCCAUCCCUCCGGAAUUCUGAUGGUGACAGGGCCCGUGCGCUGCCGAAGCUAAAGGAAUCCCGUUCUCAUGAGUCUCUGCUAAGUCCAGGCAGUGCGGUUGAAGCACUUGAUCUCGGAACUGAAGAGGACGUCUUCAUCAAGUCACUGCAUAGCAGUAUUUUGGGACAAGACUUUUGUUUUGAGGUGACUUACUCUGGCGGGAGUAAAUGUUUUCACUGCGCAUCUGCUGCAGAGAGAGACAAGUGGAUGGAGAACCUGCGGCGAACGGUACAGCCAAACAAGGACAAUUGCAGGCGAGCAGAGAAUGUGUUACGGUUAUGGAUAAUUGAAGCUAAAGACUUGGCGCCAAAGAAAAAGUACUUUUGUGAACUUUGUUUAGAUGAUAUCUUGUAUGCUCGGACCACAAGCAAAAUAAAAGCGGACAAUAUUUUUUGGGGUGAGCACUUUGAGCUGUAUGGGUUGCUACCUGUUCGCAACAUCACAGUUCACAUCUAUAAGGAUGUAGACAAGAAAAAAAAGAAGGAGAAGAACAGUUACGUUGGACUUGUGAACAUUCCUGUUUCCACGGUUACCGGGCGACAAUUUGUAGAAAAGUGGUACCCUGUGAGCAUGCCAACUCCCAGCAAAGGCAAGGCGGGGGGGCCUUCAAUACGCAUAAAAUCACGCUACCAGACCAUCGCCAUUUUGCCUAUGGAACAAUACAAGGAAUUUGCGGAGUUUGUGACCAACAACUAUACUAUGCUUUGUUCUGUGCUUGAACCUGUGAUCAGCGUUAGGAACAAAGAGGAGAUGGCGUGUGCUCUGGUUCACAUACUGCAGAGCACGGGCAGAGCCAAGGACUUUCUGACAGACCUGGUAAUGUCUGAAGUUGACCGCUGUGGGGAUCAUGAUGUGCUGAUCUUUCGAGAGAAUACCCUGGCAACCAAAGCAAUCGAAGAAUACCUGAAGCUGGUCGGACAAAAGUACCUUCAUGAUGCACUUGGAGAAUUUAUCAAGGCUCUGUACGAGUCUGAUGAGAAUUGUGAGGUGGACCCCAGUAAAUGCUCCACAAACGAGCUGUCCGAACACCAGAGUAACCUAAAGAUGUGCUGUGAGCUCGCUUUCUGUAAAAUCAUCAAUUCCUACUGUGUCUUUCCUCGAGAGCUGAAGGAAGUGUUUGCAUCGUGGAAACAGCAGUGUGUUCUCCGUGGCAAACAGGAUAUUAGUGAACGUCUGAUCAGUGCCUCCCUAUUUCUGCGAUUUUUGUGUCCUGCAAUCAUGUCUCCAAGCCUCUUCAACCUAAUGCAGGAGUAUCCUGAUGACAGGACAUCACGCACCUUGACCCUGAUUGCAAAGGUCAUACAGAAUCUUGCCAACUUCACAAAGUUUGGAAGUAAGGAGGAGUACAUGGCAUUUAUGAAUGACUUUCUAGAGCACGAGUGGAGUGGAAUGAAAAGGUUUUUGAUGGAGAUCUCGAAUCCAGACACGAUCUCAAACACACCGGGAUUUGAAGGUUAUAUUGAUCUAGGCCGAGAACUGGCAGUUCUACAUUGCCUGCUGUGGGAGGUGGUGUCACAACUUGAUAAGGGUGAAAAUUCCUUUCUGCAGGCGACUGUGGCAAAGCUGGGCCCACUCCCGCGGAUUCUCACUGACAUCACCAAGUCUCUGACGAACCCAACUCCAGUGCAGCAGCCAGGGAAGCGGAUGAUGGAUCUCAGUUGUUCCAGCAAUGUCUCGGGUAGUGUCUCAUCUGGACUACAGAGGAUAUUUGAAGAUCCAGCAGACAGUGAAAUGCAAGCAGUGAGUUCACCAAACCUGGAGAUGGUGACUUUCAAGAGCAAUUCUUCAUUAUUGGGUCCACAGGCAUCUGCUCACAGUAUGAACUACUCUGACAAGGAUGAGAGGGAAUCACUGCUUCCAAAUGGCCGCAGUGUCUCACUAAUAGACCUUCAGGACUCCCAUGUGACGCAGACGGAACAGUCUGUUCUGAAUGAAAUGCCUGUGCGCCUCACAGGGAGCCAUUUAUCUGUGAGUCAAGUGGCCAACAUUAGACAACUCAGGGAGACGCAGAACACUCCUCAGAGUGCACCUCAGGUGAGACGACCUCUUCACCCUGCCCUUUAUCAACCUGGCAACCUUCAGCCAUUGUCCUUCCAGAACCCUAUGUAUCAACUCAGUAACCCCCCAAUGGUAACCAAACAAUCUGUGGACUCCAGUUCGGAGAAUCUCAGUACAGCCAGCUCUCGCAGUCAGAGUAACAGUGAGGAAUUCAAGUUAAGUGGACCUAGUAACAGCAGCAUGGAGGACUUCACAAAACGUAGCACACAGAGUGAGGACUGCUAUAGAAGGCACACGCUGCCAGAUAAGCCACUACCAGUGGCACUUCCACGGCAGAACAGUACUGGGCAAGCUCAGAUUCGACGAACAGAUCAGGCAGGACUGAAUGCCAGGACCAGAGCACCACAGUCCUUACCACAUAGUGCCUCACUGCGAAGUACGGGUAGCUUAUCUGGCAUUUCUGCAAUGGCAGCAGCUGAUUCACUACAGAAUGGGAGUCAGUCACGGCAACAGUCAUCAUCCUCCAGAGAAAGUCCUGUUCCAAAAGCAAGAGCCAAUCACAGGCAGACACCGUCACAGGCGCAGUCACCAGUGGACUCUGCGACCAUGUCCCCUGUGGAAAGGACAGCAGCGUGGGUCCUCAAUAAUGGUCAGUACGAAGAUGAGGAAGGACAGGAGCUUCAGCAAAGCAAAGAAGAACAAGACAAACACGCAGAGAAGUAUGAGCAGGAGAUUGCUAAGCUGAAGGAACGUUUGAAAGUGUCAAGUCGUAGGCUGGAGGAGUACGAGCGGCGACUUCUUGCACAGGAGCAACAGAUGCAGAAGCUGCUGAUGGAGUACAAGGUUCGGCUGGAGGACAGUGAAGAGAGGCUGCGCAGGCAACAGGAAGAAAAGGACAGUCAGAUGAAAAGCAUCAUUAGCAGGCUGAUGGCAGUUGAAGAGGAGCUGAAGAAGGAUCACGCGGAAAUGCAGUCCGUUAUUGAUGCAAAGCAGAAAAUCAUAGAGGCACAGGAGAAGCGGAUACUGUCAUUGGACUCUGCCAAUUCUCGACUGAUGAAUGCCUUGACACAGGUGAAGGAGCGAUACAGCAUGCAGACGCGGAAUGGGAUCUCUCCGACCAACACGACAAAGCUUUCAAUAACUGAGAAUGGCGAAUUCAGGAACAGCAGUUGCUAGCAAGGAUUGCUGAGAGACAGCAAGGACUGAAAUAAACAUUAAUCGAUUCAAAACUGACCUCAUGCUGCUAAAUUAAAUAUGCCCCCACCUCUCUUUAGAGGCAGUAAUGUACACAAAAUAUGCUUGUCAGUAUCCCUGUAAAUAGCAGAGACUUCAGUUAUAUUACCAUAGGCACUGUACAGAAAUUCAGCUGUAAGAUACUGCAGGGAGUUUAAAUAAUGUAGAUUUUUAUUAAUUUUUUUUGUAUUACAGUUGCUUCCUUGUGAAAGUCAGGGGCAUAUAGAUUUGAGGAGUUUCUUUUUGAAUCGCUGUAGGUAUUGCUUCAUACAGAAUGUCUCUGAAUAGAAGCUGUGUACAUAUUCUGUUGAUAAAAAGCACAUAUAGCAGGAUAAAUGAAGAGAUUGCACUGCUAAGUUUGAAGGAACUGUCUUUGUUGCCAAGAUAUGAAAUUUGGGGUCUUUAAGCCACGAUUUCCCCGUAUCAGAUGACAGCUGAGGUGGCAAAGUGGAGGAGUGAUUAUGUGCUAGUCCUCUGUUGGAGAGUUUUUUGUGAUGCGUCUCCGCAGGGAACGAAUGCACCUCUUUGGUUAGAGAAGUGCAAGCUUUGCCCCAUGUGGCAAGCCUCACAUUGACACUGUCAAACCAAACUUUGGGGCUCUGAUAUGGCCAGAAUGUUGACUUUCCUCGCCUUAUUGUUUUAUGGUGUUUAAUGUUUGUGUGCACAUAUUUUCUUAAUGCAGUGGACAGCUUAUUGCUCACCUUGCAACUGUUUGAGGUAGGGGUCUGUCUUUUUUUUUUUUUCAGCCUGGUUCCCAGCUAUACUGUUGUCUUUGCAGGAAAUGAUUUUUCCUGUUAUAGCAUCAGAAAGAAAAAACAGAAGCAAAUGAAAUGGAUUACAAACCUUGUAAAGACAAAAAGUUAUGCCCGAUGCUUUUUUUUAUUUUCCCCUGUUGAGGGUUAGUUUGGGUGGUAGUUUUUUUUUUUUUUUUUUUACCACUGUGGUACCAGGCAGCAGACACACACUGUAGGUGUGCUAAAGGCAGUGCACGUACGUUAGACGGAGUUCUGAAGCCCAUCAGGACUCCCAUUUCUUCGGUAUUGCUCCUUUUCAAGCUACCAUAUCUGCCAUUUGGGAAAUGCAACAGGAAUGAAUGCAUGGGUCAACAAGCCAGCUGUAUUUUGUCUUUUCUAGUUGUCCUCCAGUCAGAUUUCCCAUAAUAACAAGUUGAUUACUUUGACAGAUGAAAAGUCAUAUGCCUCAGUUUUUUCAUCUGCUGCUGAAAGAAUAAUUUGCAUCUCUGUGAGUUGCACCAAAAAAGAUGAAAACCCAAAAUGUUUAAACUAAUGCCCUGUAUAUUUCUUGUUUUUUUUUUUUUUUUUGUCUUAUAUGAUCACACAAAAUGCUUAAAACAUGUCCUGGGUUUGUCAUACUGUGACUGUGGGGGUACACCAGAAUCCCGUUUAUCAGUGUGUAACAAAUGUUAGUGUCACUAACCACAGACCAUGAUGUCACAAGUAAAACAAAAAUCAAACGUGACAAGUGAAAAUAUUACUAGCACUGAUUUUGUUUGAAUGUCUUUGUUUUCUGCUUUUACGUGUUAAUGAUUUUUGGAUGACUGCUCAAAGAACCCCUAAACCUCAGUGUGUUUCUUCACCACUUUACUGUACCAAUACUGGGGAUGGAGUACCCUCCCCCCCCCAAGACCAUUAGUAUGUCCAGUAAAUGGGUUCAUAGGCAUCUCCCCAAGGAGCAUUUGUUAAGUGCUGGAGGGUACCUUGAAAAGCACUCUGCAGGAAAUGGAUGACAACAAUCCAGAAAUGGUUUUAGCAUCAAUUUUUUUGUCUUCAGCAUGGCAUCAGGGAGACGCUCUUAUUUGCUCAUUGAAUAACGGUAGAAGGGACAUGUCUACAUCAUCAGUAUAACUCAGGAGUCACAUUUUGUCAUAGUUACUACUCAUGUAGUGACAGACUCAUGCCAAGAAGCACUCCAAGCUAGGGUUUACAGAAUGUAGUGGCAGUGAGGUCAGAGGGUGCAUUCUAAACAUGUUUGCUUGGAGAGGAACCCAGAGCAGUGUUUGUUCAUUGGGAUGUGGUAGAAUGAGUUGGGGGUUGAACUCCCUUUACAGCUGAUAAUAAGGUCGUGUUAUGGAAAGAAUUAGAAUGUGGCACCAGGACAGAUAUUGGGUAAGAGCGGAAUGUGCUCAGGUUGUACCUGCAGCAUGUACUCGCAGGGUGUGAGAAAAGAAAUGUAGCCUUGGCAGAAUUUCUUACAGGGUCAGGGUCACCCCGUCGGCACUGCUUGGUCAUCAUGUAGUAAUAGGUGCUGGAUGAAGAUAUGUAGCCUUGACAGCAUUUGUUAUUGUGACAGAGAAGGGUCAGGGAUUCCCCCUCACCAGUGUUGAGAGGUUCUGGGUGAGGAUGUGUACUGUUGGCAGUAUUUGUGAAAAUAAUUUUGACAAAACAGGGUCUGGCAUGCCCCUUCAGGUGCACUUGGUUUAUCAUAUAAUGAUGGAUUGUGGGUGACAGAGAGGGGUCAGGGAUGCCCCUUCAACAGUGCUGGGUUGUCAUAUAGUGAGAGGUUCUGGGUGAGGAUGUAUAGUCUUGGUAGUGUUUGUUAAUGUAGUUGUGACAGAGCAGCAUCAGGGUGCCUCUUCAUAAGUGCUUGGUUACCACAUAGUAAUAGAUUGUGGGUGAGGAUGUAUAUCCUUAGUAGCAUUUGUUGCUGUUAUAGUAAUGGAGCAGAGGUAAGGAUGUACUGUCAGCUGCAGUUGGUCAACAUGUCUUGUUGGAGCAAGAUUUGGGUGCAGAAUUAGAUGUUAAGUAGGGUAUAGUUGGACAAAGGCUACACGUUUACAGUGGGUACAUCUUCGCAAACAAUGCAGCAUCUGCAGUGUUUUAUUGGUUGUUUUUAUUUAGUGCCAGACUGGGGUUAGAAUUGUUCCUUUUGCAGGUAGUGAAGGCACAGAAUUGGAAUGCACUCUCAGUAGGGUGCAACAUCGGCAGGUUAUUCUGUGCAGGCUGAGCGAUGGCCACUCAGAAGUGUUGUCAUGGAGUGCUUUAGUAUGGGGAGGAAUGCACCAUUUGCAGUUGUUGUUCAUUAGGUAAUGUCAGAGUGGAGUGUGGGGAAUGUUUUUGGUAACUGUGUAUUGAAGGCAUGGGCACACCUUUCAGGCCGUGGUUAUAUUUUCAGUUGUAACACUCACGUCCCCCUUUUCCCUUGCACAUUUGUUUGAAAUGUGAGCAGAAAGUUGUGUUCAUAUUUUUUGUGGUUACCAAAGAUUUUUUGUUUAUCCUUGGAAGGUCUCUUGCUGUUGUGGCUUGAUGAAUAGACCACUCAAAUUUGUUCACCAAACUUUCAAUGAGUUUUGUAAUAGCUAACUUAAAUUUUGUAUAUGCACUUCAUUAUUUUUGUGUAUAUUUUGUAUAUUGUCAGGAAUAAUAACAAAAGGAUUUCAUGCUGAAGUUUUGGUUUUAUUUAAUCUUAUUAAUUAAUAGAGGAGUGAAUAGAAAAAAAUACCUCAAGAAGGAAGUCUUUUGUUUUAUGUAUGUAGCUAUCUGGCUUAGCACACUCAGUCCAAAAAAUCAUUUUAGUACAAGGCUGCUUUAUGCAGCUGUGAUUCUACCAUACCUGUUUGUUAUUGAAUGGUGCAACAGAAAAGGUCAGUUUGGAAUGAAAUUUGAGGAACUGGAACACAGUUUGCAUUAGAAAAGUAAUUUAUCAGGGAGAAACUGUUGCGUUCCGUUUUGAGGUGGGAGGCACUAGGCAUUCAUCUAGCUUCAUGAUUAUUUUUCAUGUGAAGGGAAGGCAACCAGAUGUUCUGCUGUUGAUGUUACAUCAAGUAUUAGUGGAACAAAGGCCUGGAUUUAUGUUCAGCAGCCAUGCCUCGUAAAGUGGCAGCACAAAAAAGACCUAGCAGAAUGAGUAUCUGAGUUCCAUAGAAAAACUGUUAUCAAAGGCAUGAGUGUUUGUACUGAGGACUUCACCAGUCUUGUCAAAAAUGCAUUCAUCAAUGGCAGAUCGUAGCUUGACACAGUUUCUUUGUACUUCUGAGAUGCAGGGAUGUUGGAAUGAUGCAAAUGUAGGGAUUGCAGCUGUCUGCAUGUGGAGUGUGGAGACCCCCCCCCCCCAAAAAAAAAGCAAGUCUUAAAGUUUUAGUUACGUGGUGUUUUUAACAUCUCAACUGAUUUGAACUUUUUUCUAGGCAUUUUUCCAUUUGCUUGCUGACCAUCAAACCUAUCCCAACUGGACUUAAGUCUGUCUGUUCUUCCGGGGUGUGAAUCAUCCAUAAUGGAACUAAGAGCCAUUUGGAUGGUGGUUGUCAUGUAGGCACCCAUAUAUGUUGAUUGUAACCUGCAAACAUCUUGGUUAUGAAUUCAGUUAUGAUUACCCUAACAUCCCUGAAGGAGGGAAGGGGGACAAGUGAACCAUGUCAUCAUGGGACUGUCAUGUGGCCGUAUGUGCUUCUGUACCCUAUCACUGGCUGGAAGAGACUAAUACUCACCCCACAGUCUUUUACAUCCUACCACCUUCUUUGAGGAGACUGGUGAAGUCCACUGCCACCCCCCCCCCAUGCUUAUGCUUAUCCUCUCCUGGCAACUGAGAUAGCCGCCCAAGCCAUUAAUAUAUCCUGUGUUGCCAGGGCUUUAUUUAACUGCACAACUGGACCAUACGUGAAAGUCCCUUCCAUCGUAUUACUUACAAAAGAAGUGGGGAAUCCUUUGAUGUCAGGCUGCAUAAGUCUAAAUUAUCAUUUUUAACAGUAGCAGCAGUAUGUCAGCUGACAUUAGUGCAAAAUGUUGGCUAUAUGGGUAUCAUCAAGACAAUUACAGGCUGUUUUCCUAUCAGCUUCUGCUCAUCAUGUGACUAUAAUGUAGCAGCCUGGAUGUAGCUCUUGUUUACUGGAUGACUUUUUAUUAUGUGGUCAAUUCCAGUAAUAGUUGUUUAAUGUGAAGAAAAGGACGGGUGACUUGAAUAUGUUCCAUCCAGUGACUGUUGUUCUGGUAGCAGCACACCAGGGGGUCUGGCAUGCUGAAGCAGUAGUUAUGUGUUGAGAACAGGAGGCGGGGACCCACAUGUGUAAUAAUGUGCAAUCUGUGGCUUCUGGUUCCAUUGUCCACAUCCCAUCCACCCCCUUCUUGUUGAGAUGUCAGCUCCACGACUAUGUUGAUGCAUUUGUUGCUGAUUACCACUGCGAGGAGCAAUUAAUCAAUGUGGUUGCAUUUUCUACAUGCUCAUUUCACCCCCCCACCUUUACUUGGGUUAUAUAGGUGGGGACACUGUACAGCUAGACACCCUUCUAAUGAAAAGGUGGGUAUUAUCUGGAACACUUGCAGGAUUGAACCCACAGACAUUGCCCACCAGUCAGUGUUACUUUCAGGCCUUCAUCCUCAUCACAGCAAACUGGAACACGAAAGGUGCACCAUUGUCCUUAUUUCUGUUAGUAUUUUGGUGUUACUUGUUUAGUCUGCAGGUGGGAGGUGCUUAAGGGAAAGCAGCUUUAUCAUUGUUCUAGUAUUUGCCAAUCCCCCCCCCCCCCCCUCGUAACUAAAAAUUUCAGCACAUGUAUGGUACAAUGCAGCAACAAUCCCAUUCCUCACUGUUGUAAUGUUCAUUGUAUGUCUGAUUUGUAUGUCUGGGACCCCCAUAAUAUUUCAGGCAGUAAUCUUAAAUAUUAAAAAAACAGAGUCACUAUUGUUUGCUUAGAUUACAAAACAGACCUCUUAAAAGUGUUAAAAAGUACAUUUGAUAUACCAGGUACUUUCUGUUGCUCCUAUCAAACUUUGCAUCCCGCACAAAGGGAUAUAUAUUUUUUAUUUUUUUAUUCUGUUUCUGUUCUGUGUUAUUCUUCCCAGCUACCCCAGUGACCCUGUCCAUGGCUGGUCUGCCAGCUUCUCCUACUGCCCCCGACCAUCUCUGUUCUAAGGCUGGGGCCAGAGCAGAACCUAAGGGCAUCCUUGGGGGGGGGGGGGGUUCAUGCCAUUAGCUGCUUCUUCCACAGGAUUUCUUUCAUUUAUGACUUUCACCUGGCCAUAGAUUAGCACUAAGCUAACUGCCUUUGCUGGCCAUUUUAAGCCUAGUCAGUUACCCCAUGUGAGAAUCAAACCCUGUAACUUAUGUCUGUAAGGCAAACACCUUAACUAUUAUGCAAUAUCCCCAACUCCCCUGUGUUCCGUGUUUACAUCCGAGGAUGACUCCCCUCUGUGGACCGUGCCACACUGUAGAGAAUGCCUAAAUUAGUGCCCUCACCCCAGGAUGAAUGCUCCAGUCCUUCCCUGCCUGCACCUCAGAUGCCCAAACUGCUGAACCCUGGUCACUUGGGCUGUAGUUAGGACUUUAUCCCAAUACACCACAGUGCUAGCCAGAGGGAUAAAGCCAGAUAACCCAAGUGUAAUUAGCAGCUUUGCUGCUGGUAGAGCCAAGGAAGGGGUGGGAGAGGCAUGCCCUGCUGGGGGGAGGGAUAUGGUGGCUCCUGGACUAUGGAAUUUGUCACUCCAGUGCUAAAAUGGGAUUACCAUGUGCCAAGAGCAACCCAUAGGCUUGGGGGGGCAUGCGUAUUACAACACAAGCUGGUGAUAUUAGCCCUUGUGUGGAGCAUGACUACCCCAGUAGGACACAGAUUACCCUAAUAGUGAUGCAGGAGCUCACAUCACCCCCAAGAGGAGGUGUUAGAGCCAUACUACAAACUUUCCUCAUGGCUUUUUGUGCUACAGCCAUGCCCUGAGUCUUGCCUCUUUGGGGAACAAAUGGGCACCAUAAUUCCCACUCUAGUAUGGUGGGAAUGGGUGGCAGCUUUGCAGUCCGUAGGUAUUUGGGUAAAUGGGUUAUAUAAAACAGUUCGCAUUUCUGUAUAACUGAAGAGAUGAGGCUUACGACACUGCAUAGGAAGGGUGGAGCAAAAGGGGCACCUAUUGUGGGCUCCGACCUCUAGGAGGGUGAGGCCCCUUAAACGAUAGGUUUGACAGCUUGUAUGCUGGGUUAAAUUAUCACACCUUAAUGAGGGAUUGUGAUUACUCAUUAGAUGGCUUGUAAGCUGUCUGUCAAACCUCUGUUUUCUCUCCAUUUUUCUUUUUUCAGUGUGACAGCCUUUAAAAAACGAAGUUUAAAAGUUGAAUAGUUUAUAAGCCAUAUAAUAAAGUGAUGUUGAACUUGAUGUCUGUCAGCUUGUAAUCUGUCCCCCCUCUCCUUUUUUUUUCCCCCUGAAAAGUAGCGUCAGUGGCCAUUAAAGGGGUAUACCGUCCAGGGUGCCAGUUUCCUUUGCUCCAGCUCUGGGUUGUAAGGUGUGUGCCAGCUGCCACCUCCUUUCCCCCACACUGAAGAUUAUAUUAAUGAUUGUUUUUAUUUUAAAUAAACUUACAAGAGUGUGUAUAAAACUAUAGUGUGGUUAGAUGGGUGGGUAUAGAUGAGUCAUAUUUACAGGAGGUGCAAGAGAUACAAAAAUAGUUAGAAGAUGAAACCUGUAUUAUAUUUGCCCUGAGCAUCUAAUGUGCAGCUUUCAUUUUGCUUGGCACAGCCAACUGCCCUGAGAACUGUGGGCCCCAGAAUGUAAAUUAAUUUGUAUUUACAAAUGUUCUGUUAUGGCUGGGAUGUCACUUCCUGCAGAUUUACCUGCUACUGUACUGCAAGUGCCCUGCAGUUUUGAAGUUUUGCUCAGGUUGCUGAUGCAGUAGAUAGUUUAGGAAUGUUGAUACUGGUGACAACCCAGUCUGCAUGUACUACUCAAACUUUUGUCACAGAUGUGCACAUACUGGGAGCACUGAUGCCUGUAUUAAUUUGGGUAAGGAAGUGAAGAACACCAUUUCUGCACAGGAUUAGUCAAUAUUUAGGGGUAUGAACCUAUUCUGUAUGUUGUCUUCAGCAGCAGCAGCAAUUUCACUAUGAAUCCAUGUAAUUAAAAUAUAAAAUGUUCUGCUGUGGCAAAAGACAUUUACAUUUUCAUCUCACAGCUCAGUCCAGAAAACAGGACAUAUUUCAAUUCUCCUUAUCCAGUUACUACGUAUAGAAUGUAUUUUAUAAAGUUACUGUUUAUCCUGAAAUCAGCGACCCCUUGCCACUGUUUUUUUUUUGUUUUGCCAUGAACAUGUAUGUCUUCUUCACUUCAACAUUUUGGUUUAGUUGUCAUGUUUGGAAUUUUGCGUUCACUUUUCAUGUAAAAAUGUCAAAAAUGGAUGUGCAUAUGUGGUGGUGGAGGGAAAACAAAUUGGGUCUUUUGUCGUAACACCAGUAAGCAAAUUUACUUGCUGAAAAGGAAAGUAGCUUUGCAGCUUUAAUUAAGCAGUGUCUGUAACACAACAGGUAGUGCUUUCACCUUUUGUGCAGAAGGUUCUGUGUUCUAUUCCAGCACCAGGUAGAUGGACUCUGCUGAUGCUGCAGUGCAGCCUAAAAGGGGGGCUUUAUUACCUCAGGUGGAUGCGAAAGAUUUCACAGCACCUUUUGAAAAGAGUAGGGGAAGUCCCCCAAUGUCCUAGCCAAAUUUCCCAUAGUAGUAUAAAUACCACCUCUGGUCUUAUCUGAACAGAGGCCACUAGCCUAGUGGGACUAACCUGGUCAACAAAGGAAAAGUGAAACAAAAUAAAAAAUGACCACGCUGAAUAUAUUCCCGUUAUGUAUUUCAUUAUGGUUGGUUUCUAAGGUCUGGUGCCUCACCCUUUAGGAAGAACAGCUGCUUUUUCAGACCCUCACCUUAGGAAGGCUGUGCAGGUUAGUGAGGAUGGGGCUUUCCUCUUUUUGCUUGUGUUUGUCUGCUGUAAGUUUCCAUAAAAUUGCUUACAAUCACAAGUGGAUUGUUUUUUUGGACAAGGAAAUCCUUUGAACUAGAUUACUGAGAAUGUCAGUGCAUCUCACAUAGUACAGUUGCUAUAGCAAAAUGGCUGCUGUGCAGUUUUGUUUUAUUUUUCCCCAUAAGGUGUAUGGUUGAUGGAGGAGGACAGUUGUGCUCCUUCUUAACACUUUGCUUGCCUUGUAAAUAUAACAUUGCAAAGGUUUCUGGCAUGGUUGGGCAUUAAGAAUAUAAAUAGUUUUGGAAUCCUCUUCCCCAGUUUCUGGAUUAAGUUAUAACUGUGCACCUUAAAACAUGAGGGAUUGCAUUUAAAAGGGAAUAAUUUGUAGAAUUUAAUUUAUUCAGUACUGUGUAGAAUUGUGCCACAAUUUCUGAAUUAACGUACAGGUGCAGAGCAGCUAAUCCAUGUCAUAUAGUUUGAGACCAACUAUACUGUUAUAUAGUUUGAGACCAACUAUACUGACAUGCAUUGAAAGCGUAGCACCCCUUGCAACUUUUGGACUUCCAGUUUGCAUUUUAAAGUGGACAUACAAGUUAAAAAAAAAAAAAAAAAACUUUAGACAUUCAUCUGUUUUUGUGUCCUUGUGUUGAUUUAUAUUGCAGUCAUCAGAUGGUAUUGUGACUUCCAAGUAGUGGCAGUGAUUUAUUUUUUUCAUUGCUGUUAAUUGUGAAAUACUGCAUUCAUGUUGGCAGACACCCAUAAUGUAUCCUUCACUUCACUGUGAAUGGUGAGUCUAUAACACUAUAGCAGUCUGUAGGUUAUGGGAUGUAUCCACGCAGCCGUGCACAGUAACAUCUGUCGGUUAUCAGAUGUAGCCGUGCAGCUGUACACUGCAACACCUGUACAGCAGCUUGUUUUCUUUCCAUUAAUUUCAGAGUCCUUCCAAAAGGAGGAAGCCUCAGCUAUGUAGUAAAUGUGAGCUUAAUGCAGAUGGAAUCUGUGUUUUCAAGAUGAGAAGCACUUGAUAACUUAGCGCCACACUCUUUCCAAGUAAAAUCAAGCUGUCUUUUAAAGAAUAAAACAGAAACAAAUCCAAA